CACAUGGUGGCGAUGGCUUUUAAAUCAGCGAGUGGAGCUUGAAGCCUGGGAUAAGUCCAUGUGGUGGAUGCCAAUGGCAACAAUAUGAGUGGGAUUGGGACCCACAACCACAGUAGUGUGACGGUGAUGGCGUUUGAUAUGAACAGGACCGCGGCUCUCACCACGGUCGACCAGGAUGUGAACGCAGCAGUACAUGAGUUCAACGUCUUCAACAUCAUCCUAAUGUCUCUAGCCUUGUGUGUUCUCACCAUCACUGGCCUGUUCUGCAGCAUAUCCUGUCACAACCGCAGACGGCUGUCGAAGAGGGCCCAUAUGUAUGAGAGUGCUGUGCUCCGUGACGUACCAGUCAACCCGGUGGACAUCAGAGCUGUCAAGAGAUCUGCCAGUUUCAGAAACCCUCUCUCAUUCUUCAGAAAACAGGAAGCAUCUAAGGACAACUCCAGAAUCUACUACAUCUACAGUAACCCUCUACCCAUAGGGCUGGAGGAAGAGGAUAAUAUCCAGAAUAUCACCCCUGGUGGAUCGAAGGAGCAAGAAGAGCUAACCUUUCAGGACUACGCCAAUGAUCCCAAUAGUGGUAUCAUCCUGGACCCGCCCAACUUCUACAUGCAGCUCUAGAGCAAGGUGGCAUGUUCCACUUCAUGGGAGGGGUGUUUGAUUUUUUUUGUCCUAUUCAAGUUUGUAUUUUGGGAAAAACAUUGUCUAAAGUGGAUGAACUUUGAUGAAGUUAUUUGGAAGUUGUGAACGAUCCUUUUUUCCACACUUGGAUAUUUAUUGAAUCGCCAUAAAACAGUUCAGACAUGGAUGGUGAUGAUGCUUUAGAAAAGAAGCAUAGCGUGAAAUACACAGAGACCAGAACCAUAGAUAGUAGCUUCUCAGAGAAAAUAUCAAAAGAAAAGGUUAUCAUCACUGCUGAGAUGAGCAAUCAAUUGAUCAAUCAAUUGUACUCCUGGGCAAUACAAUUGAAUUAAAUAAGAGUCAGUCACAGAAUAGCCUUCAGGCGAUUGGCUGGGUUUCCCUGAUCAGCCAAUCCAUGGCCUCCUUGCGGCCCUGCCUCUCCAGCUCUGCUCCAAUGGUCUCCCGGCACUGCCUGUGGUACUCGUUCACCCAAUCACGCUGCAGGAAGAGAAGAGAGAGUGUCACACACAGAGUGAUAACAUACAAAAUGGCAGAACCAUUACUAAUCGAUUUCCCCGGUUUCAAAGGGCACCUGUGGAUAUUUCCUGAAGACCUCCUUAUACAUGAUCUUUGUCUCCUAUGGCAAAGCUGAUUUGAAACUGAAAGAUUCCACCAAACAAUACAGUAUUUCUACACAAGUUUCAAGGGUUUUUAAAUGUUAGAGCUGUAUAAUGAUGACUUUUUAAAAUUAGAAAUAAAUGAGUGCUUUAUUUUAGUAUAAAUAAAUGAAUGACACCUCCUAAAGAAACAGUGUGUUUGGUAAAAUAUGAAUUCCAAAGAAUGGGGACCAAGACUGACCUCUUUCUGGGUGAGAAGAUCUGUGUUUACCAUCUUGGCUUGGAUGGGGACCAGAGUGAGAGGCUCAAACGUCAAACUGCCCUUGUUCCUGUAGUUGUACUGAGGACACAGACACAAAGAUCACAUGGUCUUCACUAGCCUUCACACUACACGUAGUCAGUCAAUCUGUCUCCAUAAACAUCAAUACUCAUUCUUCACUCUACACACUUCACUUCAUUUUACACGUAGUCAGUCAAUCUCUUACCUUGGGUUUUGCUGGCACCACCAGAACAACGUUUUCAAUUCGAAUGCCAAACAAGCCGUCCUCAUAGUACCCAGGUUCUGAGGAAAGGAAGGAGACAAGUUCAGGUGUGUGUGAGAGAGAAACAAACAGAGAUGGAAAGAAAUAGAGAGAGAAAUAGUUAAAUUGUCUGUGUGUUUGUGUAUGCAUGCAUGAUAGUUAGUGUGUGUGUGUAAGGGUGCCUGCAUGUCUGUGUGUCUGCAUGCAUGUACGUGAGUCUGUGUACGUCCAUAUAUGUGUGAGCGUCCCCACCAUCGCUGACAAUCAUGCCUGCCUCCAGGGGCUCGUCGGCGAAGGUCUUGUAGGAGAUCCCACAGGGUCCCUCGUGGACAUUGAGGAAACAUCCCACCCCGUGGCCCGUACCAUGAAGGUAGUCCAGCCCAGACUCCCACAGCGCCUGGCGGGCAAACGAGUCCAGCAGGUGGCCUAAGGGUGGAGUGGAGGUUUACAUUUCACAUAUUAGUCAUUUAAAAACAAACACUGGCAACAUUAAGUACUCCACAAACAACAAGGUCUCACCUUUGGUUCCGUUGGGGAAAAUGGCAGCGCUGACAGCGAUAUGUCCUUUCAGAACAUAGGUGAAGGUUUCCUGAGAUACAGAGAGAAAACCUAUAGGUCACUGAACAUACCACUGGGACUUUCCUUCUGUCAUAUGCUGUAGCAAGUCAUGAGAGGAGAGGCAUAUGGAUAAUUGUUACCUUCUCAUAAGCAGAGGGGGAUCCAAAGUGCAUGGUGCGGGUGACGUCUGUUGUUCCAUCACUAGAAAACACCAGAAUUUAUUAGAACAAUAUGUUUUAUUUGUAACAUGCUUUUCUUAUGUGUCACAUAAUUAUGUAUUACAUGUAUUACAUGUGUAGCAUUAUUACACGUAGCAUUAUGUGCAGCAUUAUUACAUGUAGGAUUAUGUGCAGCAUUAUUACAUGUAGGAUUAUGUGCAGCAUUAUUACAUGUAGGAUUAUGUGCAGCAUUAUUACAUGUAGGAUUAUGUGCAGCAUUAUUAUAUGUAGCAUUAUUACAUAUAGGAUUAUGUUGAGCAUUAUUACAUGUAGCAUUAUGUGCCGCAUUAUUACAUGUAGGAUUAUGUGUAGCAUUAUUACAUAUAGGAUUAUGUUGAGCAUUAUUACAUAUAGGAUUAUGUUGAGCAUUAUUACAUGUAGCAUUAUGUGCAGCAUUAUUACAUGUAGGAUUAUGUGUAGCAUUAUUACAUAUAGGAGUAUGUGCAGCAUUAUUACAUAUAGGAUUAUGUUGAGCAUUAUUACAUGUAGCAUUAUGUGCAGCAUUAUUACACGUAGGAUUAUGUGCAGCAUGAUUACAUGUAGGAUUAUGUGCAGCAUUAUUACAUGUAGGAUUAUGUGCAGCAUUAUUACACGUAGCAUUAUGUGCAGCAUUAUUACAUGUAGGAUUAUGUGCAGCAUUAUUACAUGUAGGAUUAUGUGCAGCAUUAGUACAUGUAGCAUAAUGUGCAGCAUUACUACAUGUAGGAUUACGUGUAGCAUUAUUACAUGUAGGAUUAUGUGCAGCAUUAUUACAUGUAGCAUUAUGUGCCUAUUAUUACAUGUAGGAUUAUGUGCAGCAUUAUUACAUGUAGGAUUAUGUGCAGCAUUAUGUGCAGCAUUAUUACAUGUAGGAUUAUGUGUAGCAUUAUUACAUGUAGGAUUAUGUGUAGCAUUAUGUGCAGCAUUAUUACAUGUAGGAUUAUGUGUAGCAUUAUUACAUGUAGGAUUAUGUGCAGCAUUAUCACAUGUAGGAUUAUUGCUUACAUAUACUGGGCUCCAGAGUCGAGGAGGUAGAUUUCGUUUAGAGAGAGAGUUCUGUUGGUUUCAGGGAGGGGUCUAUAGGACAACAAAAAUAAGUUAUCAAAAACAUGAUUAUAGACAACUCUACAUUAAUUACAGUGUAAUACAGUUCUACAAUAAACAAAGGAACC